UGAUAAACUCAUAAACUGCGUAAGCUGCUUAGCUAAACUGCUUAAACUGCUUAGCUAAUUUGGGUAACUCAAAUAACUCAGAUAAACUUGGAUUGACUCCUCCCGUUUGUUGGCUCUUAUCGUUUAGCAUAGCACCAACUCAGCCAAAUGCGAAAGAAUGCGAAUUUUCCAGCAAAGAGGGGAUAAGGGCAUUUUCAGUAAUUAUAUAAACCAGGAAUCUUAUCUUGCAAUUAGCCCAAUUUCUUCUGCUUCUCUAGUUAAAAAUGUUUAAAUCAUUAUUACGUUUUGUUAACUCGACUCCCAUCACCUCCCCCAACACCCCGAUCACCACGUUGAAAGCAUGCACUUCAAUUCCCUUAUCGGCCUUUUCAUCGUCCGCCGUUAACGAUAAACCAACGGUUACCUUUUACCAUAACACCAAUUCGACUCUUUCCCACCACUUGGCCAAAAAACUAAACUACUACCAGAGCAAGUUCAACGUUGAGUACAAGAUCAACCAGGUGCCCAGUUUUGACGAUUACCGUUUUUUGCACUUGCAGUGUUUACAAAUGCAUCCAAAUAAUGGAACCAUAUUCCAGAAAAUAUACGGGGCACUCCACGCCAACUUGCACGAAUUGGAGAUGCUCGAGGAAGGCGACUACGCCAACAAGGUGGAGGGAGUGGAGUUUGCCACUCCGCUUAUCAUCGACUACUCCAAUAGUUUAUUGGCGAUGAACGAUGAGGACUUGGAUCGCAUCAUGGCGAAUUACACCACCUGCGGGAUCCAGAACCUGAAGGAUGUCCAUGACGAUAGUAAGCCAAACUACUAUGACCACGAUCUUACCAACAAGUAUGGCCAGCGCGUGGUGCAUCCCCAUAUAGCAGAGUAUGCGGAUUUGUUUUGAAGGGUUUAGUUCUUGUAUAAUAAUUACUUUAGUUUAAUAAUUUUAAUAUUUUAAUAAUAUAUUUUAAUAAUAUAUUUUAAUAAUAUAUUUUAAUAAUAUAUUUUAAUAGCUUAAUGAUUGAAUUUAAUAUAUUUUAAUAGCUUAAUGAUUUAAUAAUAUAUUUUAAUAGCUU